CGUUCAUUCAUUCAUCUGGCAACAGACGGAAAUCCAAAAAAAAAAACCACGAAAAAGGGCCAAAUCCAUAUUUGCCUUAUAUUUGUUACCAUAUCACCCACAGCAGCUAGCUAGCUAGCUCCAUGCUAAUAUCAUCCCAGAGCCCAUAAAAAUUAAAAACAUACACUCCUCCUACCUGAUUUUUAAUUUAUCUUGAAACCCUAAACUCUCCUUUACGUAUAGGAACUGAAAUUAAAAUAUGGUUUGUUGCUUGUGAAUUAUGGUCGACGCUUUGCCCAUAUUUUAAUAAUCGACGGCGUUGUUUGGGUUGUUUCGAUCUGGGUUUAGGGGUUUGAAUUUUGGGAUCGGAAAAAGAGAAACAGGUAAAAAAUGAGCAAUCAGAAGAAGAGGAAUUUCCAGAUAGAUGCGUUUAAGCACCGGGUGGUGGUGGAUCCGAAAUACGCCGAUAAGACUUGGAAGAUCCUGGAGCACGCAAUCCAUGAAAUCUACAAUCAUAAUGCUAGUGGUCUCAGUUUUGAAGAGCUCUACAGGAACGCCUACAAUAUGGUGCUACACAAAUUUGGUGAGAAGUUGUAUAAUGGUCUGGUUGCGACUAUGACUUCACAUCUAAAAGAAAUAUCAAAAUCUAUCGAGGCUGCUCAGGGAGAUUCAUUUUUGGAGGAGCUGAACAGGAAAUGGAAUGAUCAUAACAAAGCAUUGCAAAUGAUCAGAGACAUAUUGAUGUAUAUGGACAGGACAUAUAUCCCAAGUGUGCAUAAAACCCCUGUUCAUGAACUUGGGCUUAACUUGUGGAGGGAUAAUAUAAUACACUCGAGCAAAAUUCAGACACGGCUUCAAAACACACUUCUUGAACUAGUUCAUAGGGAACGGACUGGCGAAGUUAUUGACCGAGGGUUGAUGAGGAACAUUGUCAAGAUGCUAAUGGAUUUAGGUUCUUCUGUUUACCAAGAAGACUUUGAGAAGCCAUUUCUUGAGGUUUCUGCUGAGUUUUACAGUGGCGAAUCUCAGAAGUUCAUUGAGUGCUGUGAUUGUGGUGAUUAUCUAAAGAAAGCUGAGAAACGUUUAAAUGAAGAGAUAGAGAGAGUGACCCAUUAUUUGGAUUCCAAGAGUGAAGUCAGGAUAAAUAAUGUGGUGGAGAAGGAGAUGAUUGCUAAUCACAUGCUGAGAUUAGUCCACAUGGAGAAUUCAGGCUUGGUAAAUAUGCUUCUUGAUGAUAAAUUUGAUGACUUGGGACGGAUGUACAACCUGUUCCGCCGGGUUCCUGAUGGUCUUUCAACAAUAAGAGAAGUGAUGACUUCUCACCUUAGGGAGACUGGCAAGCAACUUGUUACUGAUCCAGAAAGGUUGAAGGAUCCAGUGGAGUUUGUUCAGUGUUUGUUGGAUGAAAAAGAUAAGUACGAUAGCAUCAUAAGCAAUGCAUUUAACAAUGACAAGACAUUCCAGAAUGCUCUGAACUCCUCUUUUGAAUAUUUCAUUAACUUGAAUACUCGUUCUCCCGAGUUCAUUUCACUGUUUGUGGAUGACAAACUUCGCAAAGGUCUAAAAGGAGUUAGUGAGGAGGAUGUGGAGAUCAUUCUUGACAAGGUGAUGAUGCUGUUCCGCUAUUUGCAGGAGAAAGAUGUGUUUGAAAAGUAUUACAAGCAGCAUUUGGCUAAGCGGCUGCUGUCAGGGAAAACAGUCUCUGAUGAUGCAGAGAGAAGUCUGAUAGUCAAACUUAAGACAGAAUGUGGUUACCAGUUCACUUCAAAAUUAGAAGGCAUGUUUACAGACAUGAAAACCUCCCAGGAUACAAUGCAAGGUUUUUAUGCAAGCCACCCGGAGCUGGGGGAUGGACCAACACUGGUUGUCCAGGUUUUGACAACAGGGUCUUGGCCCACUCAACCUGGUGUUCCAUGCAACUUGCCUGCAGAAAUGUCAGCACUAUGUGAGAAGUUCAGGUCAUAUUACCUUGGGACCCAUACUGGUCGGAGAUUGUCAUGGCAAACUAACAUGGGCACAGCGGACAUUAAGGCAACCUUCGGGAAGGGUCAGAAGCAUGAAUUGAAUGUCUCCACUUACCAGAUGUGCGUUCUCAUGCUGUUUAAUAAUGCUGAUAGACUUGGCUACAAAGAGAUUGAGCAGGCAACUGAGAUUCCUACAGCAGACUUGAAAAGGUGCCUGCAAUCCAUGGCUUGUGUGAAGGGAAAGAAUGUUCUUCGCAAAGAACCCAUGAGUAAAGACAUUGGUGAGGAAGAUGCUUUUUUUGUUAAUGACAAAUUCACAAGCAAAUUCUAUAAGGUGAAGAUUGGAACUGUAGUUGCGCAAAAGGAAUCAGAACCUGAAAAGCAGGAGACUCGGCAGAGAGUAGAGGAGGACCGAAAGCCUCAGAUAGAAGCUGCAGUAGUUAGGAUUAUGAAGUCAAGGAGGGUAUUGGAUCACAACAAUAUAAUCACUGAGGUCACAAAGCAGUUGCAGUCACGUUUCCUAGCGAACCCCACAGAAAUUAAGAAACGGAUUGAAUCCCUUAUUGAACGGGAUUUCUUGGAGAGGGAUAGUGUGGACAGAAAACUGUAUCGAUAUCUUGCUUAAAGGAAUGGCUUGUUCAGGCUUCUCUUGUUCUGUGGGAUGGCUUAGAAUUGGCAAUUGGAACUGUAACUUUGCAGGUGGAAAGUUGUUUUAGUUCCGCAAGUUUGUUGGAUUUAAUGAAUAUCCAUUUCUUUA